CAAAGAACAAAAGAAUUCACAGUUAAAACAAUAUAUACUUACAUUUUGGGCAUGCAUAAUAAUUAAAAUAACCAAAGGAAACAAAUUUACAAUGUUGUUUAAACAUUUAAUUGUUCUUCAUUCAUUUGUUUUGAUUUAACUUCAUGACAUCAUAAACAAAAGCAAAUUGGGUUUCCUGUGUCUGUUGCUACUUCGAGGGCUGUAAUCAUGGAACUAACACGCUUUGUGUCUUAUAGAUCAAGUUUAUUACUUAUUAUGAUAUUGUCAUAUUGUGAUUGUUUGACGCCUCAAUGUAGAAAUGAAAAAGGAGAAGCAGUGGACUGGUUCUAUGUAUACAAAUUACCUAGAGAGAAGAAUCAUUUAAAUCCACUAGUGCGUAGAGGAGUCGCUUAUAUGCAUCUGACACCAUCUAAGUUAAGAGGUGGCUGGAUUAUGUCGGAUUUGGCAAUAAGUGAUCCACGGUCUAUGGUGGGAAAAACAUUAGCCCCAUUAUACCAGGAUAAAAAUAUUAUAUCAUUAGUGUAUAAUGAUCAACCUCCAGCUACGGAAAAUCAACCAGAUCUACUUCAAUCCGUCGCCGAGAUGUAUUCAAGGAGCAAGAAAGGACAGUUGAAGCAAGUGGGUGUUAAAAAGUACAAGAAAUUCAAGUUAGGUGAUAAAUACUAUGAUGAUUAUGACUUAGCUGAAAUGUGUAAAAUGCAUUCAAAAUUCAUGAAGACAAGAGUUGAAAGUGGUCACACUAAAGGAGUUAUAUUAGGAGAUAAGUUCACAUCACUGUGGCUUGUUCAUUCUGUGCCUAGAUUCCCUCCUUUACCAGAUAUCAAUAGUAUGAACAUGAGCUCCUAUGGUUACCCAACAACCGGGACAAAAUAUGGUCAAUCAUUUCUGUGUGUGUCCGUACAGACAUCGACACUUAAUCAGAUUGGAACGCAAUUGAAAUACAACGAGCCACUAAUAGUGUACAGUCACAUUCCACAGGAAUUUGACAAUGAGUUACCAAACUUAGUUGAUGUUGUAAGGAACAAAACUAUUGAUGUAUCACCCUGGUACCAUAUAGAGAGUUUUGAAACUUUAGUUGGUAGGAAGUUUCUGUCAUUUGCAAAGAGUGCAAUGUUCAACGACGACUUGUACAGUGGUUUGGUAGCCGAAGUUCUGCAAUCAGAUCUCCUGGUGGAAUCUUGGACUAAUGGACCUGGGACUUUGGACUCGGAGUGUACAAGGAACUUCCAAGUCCGUAACAUAGAGCGUCUGAAGUUCCCUAUAGCGAAGAUGUCUUUCACUUCCCAUAACGAUCACUCCAAGUGGGCGGUUGCCGUCGCACAUAAAAUGCACAACAGUCAAGACACCAAAGUCGCGGACUAUUGGGUCUGUGUCGGGGACAUUAAUAGAGCGUUACCCCAGGAGUCACGUGGUGGGGGAACUGUUUGUACGUCAGGCCCCAUACUGUGGGGUAACUUCGCUCACCUGAUAGAAAGCGUUCAAACGUGUAACAAUUGAGACUGAACAGAGAAAAUACGAUAACUGAAAUAAUUUUAGGCAGGGGUUCCCAAUCAUUUCUGUACUAUAACCUUUUUUGUCUGUUAUAACUUUGUGAUACUUUGAGAACCCCUGACAUAGACUGUGAUGAUAUGUGAUUGUAUUAACUGAAAUGUUUUUGUGUCUGUGUCUAACUAUAAUUCUUUAUAAGAUAACUUGUAUAUCAUAUAUUUACUAAGUAUAAUUUGUUGUUUUAUAAAAAAACUUUAUACAAAUAUUCAAACAAAGGAACCAUUUAUACAGAUUUUAAUGUACAUACAUAUUUCUUUUUUUAAUUAAUUUCUGGUCUUGAUUAUUUGAGCAUGUUUCAUUGCUUGCUUGCUUUUAGCGAGUUUCAUUUCGAUCCAAUACUCUGAUAGACUUUUUGUUCUAUUAUUUAUAUUUUUUUUAUAUAAUUUUAAUAUAUAUUUUUUUUAUAAUGAAAAAUCAUUAUUUUUAAGGCAUUGUAAGUAAUUAUAAAAAUAAUAAUAUAAUUACCAAAUAAAAAAUAUUAAAGAA